ACAAAUUGUCAGGUCUCUUUUAUAUUUUCUUUCCCCAAUUUUCAUAUUGGUGAAGCAAAACAGUACACGAAUCUUCUCCCUCGACACAAAUAAACUCUUUUUAGCCCUUUCUUGGUCACAUUAUAUAGUACUGGUUGCAAGCAAUUUUGUUGUGUGUUGAGUUAAAUAUGGUUGUGGGUGUUCUUGCUUUACAGGGGUCCUUCAAUGAACACAUAGCAGCGCUGAAAGGAUUGGGAGUGAAGGGAGUUCAAAUAAGGAAGCCCGAACAGUUGAAUAAUGUUAGUUGUCUUAUCAUUCCAGGGGGUGAAAGCACCACCAUGGCCAAAGUAGCCGAGUACCACAACCUGUUCCCUGCUUUGCGUGAGUUUGUUAAAAUGGGGAAGCCAGUGUGGGGUACAUGUGCAGGCCUUAUCUUCUUGGCAAAUAAGGCAACGGGGCAGAAAACUGGAGGGCAGGAACUGAUUGGGGGGCUUGAUUGUACUGUUCACAGAAACUUCUUCGGGAGCCAGAUUCAAAGCUUUGAGUCAGAACUUCCUAUUCCUGAGAUUGCUGCUAAAGAAGGUGGUCCUCCUAGUUGCCGUGCUGUUUUUAUCCGUGCUCCUGCAAUUAUUGAAGUAGGACCAGAUGUUGAAGUGCUGGCCGAAAUCCCUGUUUCAUCCUCUGAAACUGCUAACUCCAAUCCUGCUAUGCAGAACGAAGAGGAGUCAACCAAGUCUGAGAAGAAAGUAGUUGUUGCCGUAAAGCAAGGGAACUUGCUAGCAACUGCUUUUCACCCUGAGUUAACUGCAGAUAAUCGGUGGUAAGUUUACUUCUUGAAGAUGGUGACAGAAAUUGAAGAAGGGACUUCGUCUAUCGUCUCAACAUCCUCUGCAGACCUAAACUUCACAAACCGAUCAAUAAUUGAUCUUCCGAUUUUUCAAUAGCGGAAAAAGAAAUGUUCCAGAGGAUCAAACUGAUCGUCAAGAAAUAUCAAAGGGCCACUUUCUUUAAAGUUUUCUGAUUCCUGUUGCAUUACUGCUAUCGAAUUGUAUAGAGCAUCCAUGCCCCUCUUCAGUUAAUCCUAAUUAAAUGCAGGUCAUAGUGGACACCAGACGUUGAUGCUUAAACUAUUGCUGUACAUAAUAUCUCAUGUUUUCUUCCUAGCU